AUGGCAUCUCUUUCAGAGGAGAUUCAGAGAUUGUCCGAGCUUUUUGCCAGCGGUGCCCUUUCCAAGGAAGAGUUUAAGGCAGCCAAGGAGGUCACAAUCAAGAGCUACACACCGCUUGCAGCAACAGCUCCCCUGUUAGGCGAGGUGGGAAGAAGCAGGGAGGAAGCUGAGGUUCAUACUCCAUUUCCAAAUGUCAACAUUAGCGAAUUUGGUGAAGAUGCCGCGGGUCAACCCCAACGGGAAAAGGCAUACACUGUUCUUGAAACGAUUCUGCGUAAUCUUCUUCAGUUUCCUGGAGAAGAGAAAUACAGACGUCUACGUCUUAGCAAUCCAGUCUUGCAUUCUCAGUUGUUUUCAGUUCCUGGUGCCAUGGGGUUUCUGCAGUCCAUUGGAUUUGCGAGGUGUGCGUCUGAUGAUGGGGAUGGCGACGAGUGGUUGCGGCUUCCGGGGAUGCCCUGUCGACCUUUUUUGGAGGAGGGAUUGAGGGCAAUCCAUUUCCUACGGACGCGCAGUCGAGAAGUCGUGGCACGCAACCAGGAUUUUCUGCGGUUGCGCCGUACUUUGAGCUUGGAGGUGCGACGUGAACGCUGCGAAAAGGCAAAGGCUGUGGGGGAACUGCGCUCAUACAUUGUGAGCGAAUUUUGCUCGGACGACGCCGGUGAUGGGCUUUAUUCGUCCCAAAUAAACCUGGACAAACUGGAAACCAUUCUGACAAACGUGCUUCGCUGCCCGUCGGAGGCCAAGUACCGGAGGCUGCGGCUGGGCAACCCGGCGGUAUACGCGGCAGUUUUGCAACAGCGCGGGGGAAUGGAGGUGCUUGCCGAAUGCGCAGGGGGCGAAAUGGUGGAGGAGGCGGGGGAAGCGUUUCUUCUGCUUCGUGAGGGCACAGUAACAGAGGGAAAGCUUCGAUGCGCUCUUCAGGCUGUACACGCAGCGCGUUUGGCGGUCCGGGAAGUCCAGGAGAAGACAGAACAGCGGGUUCGCGAGGAGGCUCGAGCGGCGGUACGAAGCCAGGCGCGGCUGGAAAGAGAAAUGGAGCUCCGCCGGCAUUGUCCGCAACACAACUCCGAGGGGGCAGAAUUGUGCGAGGGAAUCCAACGAGUGGGGGGGCGCCGCGUUCCGGUUGCGGAGGCGCUGCGGUUUCUCAUGGGAAAGGGACGAGCCGAGGAGGAGGAGGAGGAAGAAGACUGA